AUGGAAAGUUCGACUGCAAUACGCGUCCAAUUUUCCCUCGCUGACGCGGCUGUGAAACGGCUAAUUGUUUGCCUUAGUUGUGGAGAUCGCCGAGGAGACGGCGCUCGUGGGGCGUUGGGAAGCCGCGUCGCGCAACAACUACUUGACACCUGUGCUCCAUCUCCAAGCGACAUACACAAUCCUGACACAAAUCGCCUCCACGCACGGGAUGCAUCUGGCCGGGCCCGCCAGCAAUGCAGUUGGCGCCGACGUGAACAAUUCUUUAAGGGCGCUAAAGGAGCUGGCCCUGCUUGGCGUCAUGGAGGCACGAGAAAUGCACAGACGUGGGAUUCUGAGCGUGUGGUGGACUACAUGGGUGUUUGGUGUGAUCGACUUCUUCUUGGCGAACACACAAACCCGUCACGGUGUGCAUUGCUGGAGCCACGCGUCCCGCCCAUUAUGCUAGCGGAGUCACUGGAGCGCGUCCUCCAGGCACUUCGCGGAUUCAGAGCCGCCGACGUGCUGUUCGUCUUUGCCAGCUGCUGCGCCCCCUUUGGGGCGAUGCGGCUUGUUCCUUUUAGCGAUGAAUUGGUGACUUUUCCCCUCGGAGGCCCUGCGGCGUACCGCCAUGACUCCCUUGGCGCGGUGCUUCAGCGCCUAGCAGGGCCGCCUGCUGCAGCGUCAGCGCUGCUGCUGGGGAUUGGGGCUGAAAAUGGCCCGCUGGCCCCUCUGGCAGCGGAAGAGAGUGCGGCUGUAAGCAGCCGCAUCGUACCACUUGCUGGCUUUACUAGCGCACUGUGGACAGUGAAUCCUGCCAAGGCGUCGGAGUACCUUGAGAGCAACCCUAAGGACAACGUCCGGCUGUGGCGUACGAUGCAGAUGUCUAUGCUGUCUACUCGGGAUACAGCCUUGCUGCGUGCGUAUGAGAGUGGUCGACCGCUCGACGCUCGUAUGAGCCAGCAGCAUACAAAAUAUCUUGCAGAAACGCUGUUGUCACGUCUUUUUCCCGACCACGGUGAGAAUUGA